AAUAAAAAUUGCAUCGUGUAUUCCCCUCUGCUUCGUGCUCAUUAAGAAAGAAUAUGACGAGCUCGGCCUCCGGCCAUGGUAAUGAAACCCUCGAUCAGGCCCUGAAUCACCUCCCAUGUCGGCGCUGUUCAAUUUCCACUCGUUCCUGACGGUGGUGCUGCUGGUGAUCUGCACCUGCACCUACAUCAAGAUGCAGUUCCCUGCCAUCCUCGAGAGGAAGACCGGGUUUCGUGGCUUCUUCUGGAAGGCAGCUAGAAUAGGUGAACGCCUAAGCCCCUGGGUAGCCUUUGGAUGCUUUGCAAUGGGUAUUUCUAUAAUUAUUUUCUGAAGAAUUGGAGGUGGAUUUGAUAUUUCAGUAUCUUGUGAAACCUUAAGCUGGCAUUCUUUUACAUGUGUAAUAUACCAUUCGCUUGCAGUGUUGGAUGAUAUAUUAUUUGUCCAUGGAGAGUGCCAUGACUUUCCUUUUUUUUAUCUUGUCUCAUAUGUUAAAAGAAUCUUAGUUCAUCUUAUUUUAACCUUUAGUUUAUGGGCUAAUUA